CCGCGGGCCUGGGUUGGGGGCAGAAGUUUGGUAGCAGCGGCGGCACUGUUCGCGUGACAGAGGAUGUGAGUGGCGGGGCCCGCCGCGGCCCGCGGACGAUGCUCGCCCUCCUGAGCGCGACGACGCUGGCGCUGGUCGCCGGGGCGCCUUGGGUGCUCCCCGCAGCCGCAGGUGAAAAAAAUCUACAGCCACCUGAGAAUAUAGAGGUCUACAUCACGGAUGACAACUUCACCCUGAAGUGGAACAGCAGGAUUGAGACUGUUGAGAAUGUGACCUUUUCAGCAGUUUAUCAAACACCUGAGGUGGAUGACUGGAUGAAAUUGCCUGGCUGUCAACACAUUGUGGUCAACAAAUGCCACUUUUCUCCUCUCAGUUCAGAUGUUUAUGAAGAAGUUAAAUUGCGAAUAAGAGCAGAAAAAGGAAAUGACUCUUCUUCAUGGAGUGAAGUUUACUCAUUUAUACCAUUUGAGGAAGCUCAAAUAGGUCCUCCAAAAGUACAUUUAGAAGCUGAAGAUAAGGCAAUAGCAAUACACAUCUCUCCUCCUGGGACAGUGGACAAUGUUAUGUGGUCUUUGGAUGUUUCAGCCUUUACAUAUAGCUUAGUUAUGUGGAAAAACUCUUCAAAUGUGGAAGAAAGGAUUGAAACAGUUCAUCCUGGAGAUAAAAUUUAUAAACUCUCACCAGAGACUACUUAUUGUUUAAAAGUUAGAGCAAAACUACUUUUGUACAACAAAAAUGGUAGCUAUAGUCCAGUAUGUUGUAUAAAUACCACAGCUGAAAAUAAGCUGCCUCCACCAGAAAAUUUAGAAAUCAGUGCUGAUAAUGAGAACUAUAUUCUAAAAUGGGAUUAUGCAUAUGUGAAUGCGACCUUUCAAGUUCAAUGGUUCCAUGGCUUUCUAAAAAUUAUUCGUGGGACCAAUUUACAUAAAUGGCAACAAAUACCUAACUGUGAACACAUCAAAACUACAUAUUGUAUCUUUCCUCGAAAACGUCUCUCAAAAGGAAUUUACUAUCUUCGUGUACAAGCAUCUAAUGGAAAUAGCACAUCUUUUUGGUCUGAAGAGAAAAAAUUAAAUACUGGAAUAUACAUUGUUAUACCUCCACCAGUCAUUAGCAUGAAAUCCAUUAAUGAUUCACUGCGUGUCUAUGUCAGUGCUGCAGAAGGGUCAGUGAAGCAGCCUUACCCUCUAAUUUAUGAAAUUAUUUUUUGGGAAAACAGUUCAAAUGUUGAGAGAAAAUUCCUAAAAGAAAAAAACGAUUUUACUAUUGACAACUUGCAACCACUGACUGUGUAUUGUGUCAAAGGAAGAGCACACUUUGUGGGGGAACAGUUGAAUAAAAGCAGUAUUUUUAGCAAUACUGUGUGCGAGAAAACAAAACCAGGAAAUUCUUAUAAAAUCUGGGUGAUAGCUGGAAUUUGCAUUGCAGGAGUUUUUAUUCUAUUUACCAUGUAUGUUAUGAAAACCCUCCUGAGAUGUUUCAAUUAUGUGUUCUUCCCAUCACUUAAACCUCCUUGCAAUAUUGACAAGUAUUUGUCUGAACAACCAUUAAAGAAUCUUCUACUUCUGACAUCUGAAGAACAAAUUGAAAGGUGUUUUAUAAUUGAAAACACAAACACAAAUACCAUAAUGAAGGAAACUAAUCAAAUUGACGAGGAUCACAAAAAGUACAAUUCCCAAACCAGUCAAGAUUCAGGAAACUAUUCUAAUGAAGAUGAAAAUUCAGGAAGUAAAACAAGCGAAGAACUUCUGCAACUGGAAACUGAGUCCCCAGAAAUGAACUCUUAAAAUGCUCGUUGCCAUUGGAGUUCACACCGGAACUCAAGCUCCCUUGUAACUGUAAAGAGGAUGUUUGCUUCUUAGGGAAGGGAAAAAAAAACACCUUCAGAUCACAGUUCCUAAAAAUACAGCGGGCAUUUAACUAUUUAAAAAUGAAAUCACAGGAGUUCGGAGAAAUAUGCUCUGCCUUCUUAUCAAGCCUGUCUUGAGUGAGAUGGGCAACUCAGGCAGGUGGCCACCAUCUUUCCCGUGCCGUGCUAACUGUCCUGUGGCUAAAGGCAGUUUUUGUGUUCUUGUCAGUACUGACACGAUGCUGCUGGUUACUGCAGGUAGCAUUUGUUCUCCACUCCCAACGCCAUCUCACUAUUUCUCAGGAAAUAUUUAGAACAUUUGGUCUUUGGUUAGAGCCUUAGGAUGUUUCUUUAAAUGGUCUGAAUAUUAUCACCCGGUCUUCCAAAAAGUAGCUUGUCCUAGAACACAGCCACAAAUGCUAGAAAAAUAAUCCUUAAAAGUGUUCAGGGGAGUUCUCUGCAUUUUUCCUGAGAUAUUGCAAAACUGCCUGUCCCUUACAUGCUUUAGGAUUAAAACCAGGUGUAAUCUUUUACUUUGCAUGAAGACCUCCUGAUUCAUAACUGGUUAGAGCCGUGGCAGUCACUGAGGUCAUCCAGUGGUUACCUAAUUAGAGAAGCCAUUGUUAUAUUUUAAAGUCUCAGUGUGUGCUCAUGAGGCACAGCACACAGGUCAUCCUGGGACCAGAAAAUGCCAGUGAUGGAAAAGAUGGAGUGAGAAGUGGAGUCAUUCAGUAGGAAAGAGUCAAGUAAAUUUGGUGAAAAAAAAUAAGAAUUUGUCUAAUCAACUUUAAUUAUUAGCCCAGUAUGUUUUUCUGGCUUAUCUUCCACUUUUCAUACCAGGCAAACUUCUCUGCACUGCCUAGCAAUAUUCAGAUGCCCCUUCUGUUCAGCCUGCAUGCACUCAAGAAAAUGCAAAUUAUUUAAUAUGAACAUGAAAGGGAAAACACAAUGAGGAAGAAAAGCCUAAUUUUAAAAAUUAUAUAGUGCUUUCCAAAGGCACUCAGGGCAUAUUUUAAAUUACAUAACAUUUAGGGUUAACCAUGGAUGCCUUCUGUAGCAGAAAGUCUAGAAAUUCUGGUGGCCUGAAGGGCAGGCCUCUCACCAGUUGCUGCAACUGGAACCAUGGAAAGAGAAAACACAUGGCGUCAGAGGGUAUGCUGGGCGCCCAUCACUAAGGCCAGUCCUGUCACGUGGUCAUCUCUGUUGAGGGAACACCAUCAGCCAGGAAGAAAGGGAGGGCUGUGCUUCCCAGCCGGUCCUAGGCACCUGCACGAGUGUGCACCCCACACCAUGUGGUUCCCAAGUCAUCCCAGCAGAACACCAAGGCCAAGGAGGAGGCCCAAGGAGCCCCACUGAGACCCCAGAACACUCUCUUCCUCUUCCUGACCAGAGGCACUUGGUUCAAAGUGCAGCUUCUGGGUUGACCCUGCAAUUGUAAAGGCCCUGUCACUUUGAAAAGUUGCCCCUGAGAGAAAUUGGGAACAUGUCAUAGCCCUGCGACUGUUGCCUUUCGUACUGUGUCACUUCAGUGAUCCUGUCCAGCACUUCUGACCCUGUGUUCACCACAGUGAAAAAGCUGCUCUCUUCAGGCCAGGCAGCCUGGACGGAAAUGACACCUUCGUAGGAUAUGAAGAUGGGGAAACUCUUUGAACACUAAGAUAGCAAUGGAAUUGGUAGGUCCCUGAGAUUUGGGGAACCAUGUCUUCAUGUGACAACUCUGUGACUUUGAACAAGCACUUGAACAGUAGUAGGAAAAAAAAGGGGAAGAGGGGCCAUUCUGUCCUUCACAGUGUUCUACAUGAUGCUUCAUCAGGAGGUGCUGCUUAGUUGUAAGGAGAUGAGUAUUUUUUUUUUUAAUAAUAGUUUUUACUUAAAAAUACUUGGGCUGGCCUCAGUGGCACACACCUGUGACCCUCAGCAGGGGGCUGAGGCAGGCGGAUCACAAGUUCAAGGUCAGCCACAGCAACUUAGCAAGACCCUGUCUCAAAAUUUUUUUUUAAAAGGGGGGUUGGAGAUGUAGCUCAGUGGUAAAGUGCCCCUGGGUUCAAUCUCCAGCACCCCCCAAAAAAUUAUAUAUAUAUAUAUAUAUAUGCCAUCCACUUGGAAGCCCUAAUAGACUGGCUAAAAAUUAGAGUGUUGCUGGUUUUUGGAGAGACUGAAUAUGAUCUGAGAAUUCAUGAGAGACAUUCUAUAUAGUACAUAUGGAUAUAUGUAAAAAGUGAUUCAGGCCUGUAAACACAUAUGUACUUAUACUGAUAUAUGCCCAUAUAUACGAUGGUAGUCCUUAUUAUACUGGUAUGGCCAAAAAACUAAUUAUUAAUAUAAGUAGUAAUUGUAAUUAGAAAAUUUUAAAUGCUGUUUAGAACUAUGACUUUGAGUCUGGCCAGAAAUUUGCAACUUUUAAAAAGUUAAUUUAAAAAUAUAAUUUAGGCCAGGCUUGGUGGCACACACCGGUAGUCCCAGAUACUUGUAAAGGCUAAGGCAUGUUCACUUGAACCCAAGAAUUCAGGAUCAACCUAGGCAAAAUAGCAAGAACUUGUCUCAAAAAAAAAAAAAAAAAAAAAAACUUAAAAAUUUAUAGUUUGUAUCGUUCCCCAAAACGAGGCUAUGUCAUUUAAAACAGCCUCAGAUUGCUCUUGAGUUUGUGAAGAGGGUAUAGAGAAUCCUCCCCAACCCCAUAUCCCAUGACUGCUACGCGUUCUGUAUUCACUGGUUUUCUGUGAUGACUGUCUUCCCCCACUAGAGCAGAGCUCUGUGAGAGUAGGGACUCUGUUCAUCACUGUGCCCCCCGUACCUCUAAUAUGGUGCAGAGCACCUGCAGAGUGCUCAGAAAAUAAUUAUGGAAUGAAUGAGGCUGAGUUGAGCCAGGUGAGUGUCCUAGCAACGUUUGUUUGUUUGUUUGUUGAAUUAGAAGGACAUUACUGAGUUUUAAUGUUUUUAUGCAACAAUUUUUAUCUUGUUUAUAUAUUUGUCUUUAUUAUUGUAAACAACUUUAUGUAAUAAACACUGGAGCCAGA